GCAGAUUCCACGAAAUGCUUUCGUCUCACUCACCGCGCUCUUUAUGAGUGCGAUUCCUCAUAUCCCUCUCUCUUAAAUUCACGGGGUUUUUCACUUUCAUCUGUAACAGAAAAUUUUCUUCCAUUCUUCUGCUUUCUCUCUCUAUAUCUCUCUAUAUAUACUGUAUCUGCAUCACUGCAUGUUUCCUUUGAUCGCUUAUCUGCAUUUCUUGGUUUCCAUUUUGGCCUUUUUUUAUAGUGUAGCUCUUCAUCCAUACCUUAAAACCCUCCCUGUUUUUCCUUUACAUUGAAAGAUUUUUUCAUAAGAACGAAGUACAUUAUCGAUUUCAUCGAACACAGUUUCAAGAACACAGUGAUUCUUUGCACACGAGCUUGAGAACCUUUGCUUGGCCAAACUAGUGGUUACUUAUAAAUGGACGGGAAUCCUUCUGGCGGAGAGAGUGACAACUUUGACUGGGAUACUGAAGAUGAACAAGAAAUUGCGAAUUUACCCAUAUCUGCUUGUUCAAGUUUGACAGUACCUGGUAGAGAAACUAUUGCAGGAUCUGGAGAGAUGAGCUCAUCUUCAGGUUCUUCCAACUCCAAUUUGAUUAAUCAUUUUAUAGGGAUGGGGUUUUCUGAAAAGAUGGUUCUGAAAGUAAUCGAGGAAAAUGAAGAAGGAAAUUCAGAAUCAAUUCUAGAAUCUCUCCUCACAUACUCGGCUAUUGAAAACUAUCCUGUUUCUCCUCAAGGACCUCAACGACAGCAACAUGUCGAUUCUGAUAUUUGCUCUACGGAAUAUGAUGAGAGCUUUCUGAAUGAUCUCUCUGAUACCGAUAGUUGGCCUGGAAGUGAGGAAAAUAUUUCUUCUUUGACCGACAAGGAUAAGACAUUGUCAACCUUAGCAAGCAUGGGCUACAAAAGGGAAGAUGCUUCAAUAGCUAUGAAUAGAUGUGGUCCAGAAGCCUCACUUGUAGAGUUGACAGAUUUUAUUUGUGCUGCUCAAAUGUCGAAGGCAGCUGAUGCCUAUCUAAAUGAGCUACCUGAUGAAAAUAAGCCAAAGCUGAAGGAUAUAUUAAAUCAGAAUGGGAGAUACAAGAAGAGGAAGUUUUCUGAUUAUGAGCUGUGGAAAAGAAGGAAACAGAGGGGGCAUGAGAAAAAGAUCCUAAGUGAAGAAGAUGAGACAAUUCGUCUUCCAAAUCCAAUGGUUGGAUUUGGAGUACCUACAGAACCAUGUCAUGUAGUCCAAAGAAUUAUUCCAGAGGCAGCUGUUGGGCCUCCGUACUUCUAUUACGAGAACGUAGCACUUGCUCCAAAAGGAGUUUGGGACACCAUUUCUCGCUUCUUAUAUGAUGUUGAUCCAGAGUUCGUGGAUUCGAAGUAUUUUUGCGCAUCUGCCAGGAAAAGAGGCUAUGUUCACAAUCUUCCAAUCCAAAACAGGUUUCCACUUCUUCCGCUUCCCCCACAGACCAUACAUGACGCAUUACCCUUAACAAGGAAAUGGUGGCCCUCAUGGGAUACGCGAACAAAGUUAAAUUGCUUACAAACUGUCUAUGGGAGUGCAAAGCUGACUGAGAGGAUUCGCAAGGCUCUUGAAGACUGGGACGGUGAGCCACCCCUGAAUGUGCAAAAGUAUGUUCUCGAAGAGUGUAGGAAAUGGAAUCUGGUUUGGGUUGGAAGGAACAAGGUGGCACCGCUUGAGCCUGAUGAAAUAGAAAUGCUACUGGGGUUCCCGAAGAACCAUACAAGAGGAGGAGGUAUAAAUAGGACCGACAGAUAUAAAUCUCUUGGUAACUCAUUCCAGGUCGAUACAGUGGCGUAUCAUCUUUCUGUCUUGAAGGACUUAUUCCCAGGGGGCAUCAACCUUUUAUCUCUGUUCUCUGGGAUUGGUGGUGCAGAAGUAGCCCUUCAUCGGCUUGGUAUCCCUUUGAAAAAUGUUGUAUCAGUUGAGAUUUCCGAAGUGAACAGAAAUAUUGUCAGGUGCUGGUGGGAGCAAACCAACCAAAAAGGAAAUCUGAUUGACCUUGCUGAUGUGCAACAGCUCAACGGUGACCGGUUGGAGGAGUUGAUGAAUUCAUUUGGUGGUUUUGAUCUUGUUGUUGGUGGGAGCCCUUGCAAUAACCUUGCAGGCAGCAAUCGGGUGAGCAGGGAUGGACUUGAGGGUGAACAUUCUGCACUUUUUUAUGAUUAUUUUCGUAUUCUAGACUUGGUUAAAUGUAUAAUGGGGAAACAAGAAUAAAUUCAUUAGGACCAAUUUUCCAGAUACAGUAUUUGAUUCAAAUCUAUUAGGUCCUUUUCUUUAGUUUUUCCUCUGUUAAUUCUGUUAACGGCUUGCACCCUAUCCAAGUUCCAUUUAAUUCAAUGGAAUUCAAGGCAUAUCCACUGUUGGAUGAGACUUCUCCAUGUUGUUUAUGCUCUCCUGUUUUAUCAAGUUGUUCUUAUGUUGUUUGAUAAA